AUUUUUCCACUGAAAUUCUUGAACGAGAUUGUCGUGAAAUGUUGGCUUAAAAGGGUCCACAAUUGUAAGUUUUGAAUGCCAUGUUCUUCUCCAUUCAGAGGAGGAAAAAGCUUCGAGAUAUGCACAUAGGUGUAUGAGAUUUCAUUAAACGAUGCGUGCGUGAGAAUCUGGUGAUUGCCGCCUCGCAGUACUGUCUCAUUGCCUUACGUUCACCGCCAGAAUUAAUCAGAUAGAGCUUCCGCAGCGAUUGUGCACGGCCGAGGGAUGGCAUCUGUUUCUUUUACCUCAGCCAUUUCCCCAACUUCUUUACGGUCUAGCGGGACGCUGCUUGCUCCACUUUUGGGGAACCCUAAUAUUGUCAGCUUCUCUUCUCCUCGAUCAAGCAGGGUUAGUUUCAGAUGCAGUUAUGCUGACCCCAACAUUAAGGGCAGCUAUAAUGUUGGAACAAUUGAUGUUGUAGCUGAUGUUAAACCUGAGCGAAUUGUUGUAUUAGGAGGCAAUGGCUUUGUGGGUUCUGCAAUAUGCAAAGCUGCAGUAUCAAAGGGUAUAGAGGUCAUUAGUCUAAGCAGGUCAGGGCGGCCUUCUUACUCAGAUUCGUGGGUAGAUCAGGUCACUUGGCUGAAAGGGGAUGUUUUUUAUGCAAAUUGGGAUGAAGUGCUUCCUGGAGCUACAGCAGUUGUCUCCACUCUUGGAGGUUUUGGCAGUGAGGAGCAAAUGCAACGAAUCAAUGGCGAGGCUAAUGUUGUAGCUGUUAAUGCAGCUAAAGACUUUGGCAUUCCCAAGUUCAUACUGAUCUCAGUCCAUGAUUAUAAUCUGCCCUCAUUCGUGCUCUCGAACUCCUACUUCACCGGUAAAAGGAAAGCUGAAUCUGAGGUACUGUCCAAAUAUCCAACAACAGGUGUAGUCUUGAGACCUGGAUUCAUAUAUGGGAAGAGGAAAGUCGAUGGAUUUGAGAUCCCUCUCGACCUGAUAGGCGAGCCCAUCGAGAAACUCCUAAAAGCUGUCGAGAGCUUCACCAAACCCUUGAACUCUCUUCCUGCCUCGGAUCUAUUCCUGGCUCCUCCCGUAAGCGUAGAUGAUGUCGCCUAUGCUGCCGUAAAUGCUGUCAUCGAUGACGACAUGUUUGGGGUCUUCACAAUCGAACAAAUAAAGCAGGCUGCAACAGGAUUAAAAGUAUGAAAUCAAGUCUGUGUGUUCAUAAGACAGACACUGUGCCCCAAAACUCAAUUUUACAUUACAGCCGCUGCAAUACACUUGCUGUGGUUCGCCUUGAAUAAAAUGGCCUUAGAUUUAAUAAAAAUUUCGACCUAUAUAAUGCAAGAAAUGAG